AUGGAGCAUCUCCUCUUCAAAAUACUUUUUAUUUGUUUUAUGGAUGACUUUGUUUAUGCAUAUACUUUAACAAACGAGCAGAAUCUACAUACGGCCUUGCUAUCAGGAUAUAAUAAAGACCUGCGUCCAGGCACGGACAGAACUUAUCCUCUCCAAGUAAACGCAUCAUUUUAUCUGUUCUCAAUCAAGGAGUUCGAUCUAGAUACAGGAAAAUUGACCAUCACUGGUGUAUUCCAAGUCAACUGGUAUGACGAAAGACUCUCUUGGGAUUUAACCACCUACAAUCAGACAAACUCCACGUCAAUCCCGCAGCAAAAACUAUGGCUUCCUGAUUUGAUCAAUGUUAAUCCUUAUGAAAACAUCAGAGGAUUAGGAAGCGACUUGAUUAAAGUUAUCGUUUUCUAUACAGGACUUUGUGACUGGUACGCUCUCCAAGCAUUCGAAGUCAUAUGUGAUGCUGAUGUAACUGAUUUUCCUUUCGACACUCAGUACUGCACGCUGAAAUUCUUCAUUUGGGGUUAUCAACCAAAUGAAGUAAAUGUGAAUUUCAUUUCAUCAGGUAUUAUUUUAACACUAUAUACAGAAAACGGUAUCUGGGAAAUCGCGGAUUCUAUAACCCAUACACAGUCAAACUUGUAUGGAUAUAAAGAAAUCGUUGUUGGUUUGCAUCUUAAGCGAAGAACAGCUUACUAUGUUGUAAGUCUUGUUCUACCAAUAACAACAAUCGCAGGACUGAUGGGAUUUGUUUUUCUUGUGCCCCAUGACUCCGGAGAAAGACUAGGAUUUUCCAUCACGGUACUGUUAUCUAUCGUUGUAUAUCUGACAAUAGUCCAGGACAUGCUUCCAGAAGCUUCAGAACCGAACAUUUCAAUUCUGGGGUACAUUCUUGUUAGCUACGUCCUCAGUGGGGCUUUUGUUGUUGUACUUGUAAUCAUAAGUUUGAGGAUCCAGAAUUGUCCAAGCGACAAGCCUGUACCACAAAGCAUUGUUCAACUUGUUAGAUGUUGUCGCAGGAGAGGAAAGAAAAAGGAUACCGUAGAACCGAUAAAUGAAAAAUCUGGACCAGUGGAUGACGAAGAAAGCGAUGAACAUGUGACCUGGUAUGAGGUUGGAAAGUGGUUCGAUUUCGUGUGUUUCAUUAGUUUGAUAAUUCAGUUAACUUUAACGUGUGUUACGUAUUUUUCAAUUGUGUUGUCAUAG